GCAGAGAAGAGACGAAACCGAUUUUAUUGUUUGUAUUCGGCCACCAAGGUUGGUUUGUUUCACCCGGGAUCGAUCAGUGCUUUGCUGGUCAGGACCACAGGCAGAGCAUGAUGGAACUAUUUUAUCUGCUAGUGUGUCUGUUAUGUUUACAAAAUAAAGUACUAGGGCAAGGUGAUCCAGAGUCAUGUAAUAUUAAAGACUGUCUACAGUGUCUGGACGAUUCAAAGUGUUCUCGAUGCAAAGAUAUGGUGGUGGAAGACGUUGGAGACUGUGUAUCUACAUGCCCAUAUAAGGAAUCUCUACAGUUCCAUGGUAAUUUUAUUGGCAGAGUCUGCACAUAUCCCGAGGAGGAUGACAACUUGUCCGUUGCAUACUUGGCUAUCAUUGGUGGAAUAACUAUGGGUAUUGUUAUAGCACUGAUUGUUGGAUUGGCAUGUUUCUUUCACCAAAAGAGAACACAUGGCAAUUUUGACUUCUUGUAUGGCAAGCCUUCUAAACAGCAAGAAAAUAAACAAGAAGGUAUCAAUAUUGUCAAUCAGAAGUACGAGAGGAACACAGGAACCUAUCGUAAUGGCAGUGCCAGUGAAGUGCCCGUCAGAGUCAACUCCCGCAAGGCAGCCAACCUUGGUAAAGUGGACAAGGUGGAGUUCAUUCGACAAGUUACAGAGUUGAAACCACAUGCCCAUGUGUUCCUGAAAAUGCUGAACGAUGUCAGGAAGAAGUACAGGAGUGUGAAACAUGGAAGUCCAAGAGCAACUACUUACAAAGCUGUGAUUCGUGAUCUGUCCAGAGUACUCUUCAUACUCAACAAGAAGGAUUCUCAACUUAAGGUGCCACCUGAUGGAAAUCAAUUACUGAAAUGGGCUGCAAGCACACUGAAGAACUAUGAAAACUGCCAGAGUGCAUCAAAAUCCGAGACUGAUGGCAAAAAGGAUGAGAAGAAACAAGGAGAGACGCCUGGAUCUGUCUGGAUUGAGUCUAAAGAUGACACCAAUCCCUUAUACAAUGAAUUAGAAUACAAAGAGAGUGAAUUGAUAUAGAAAAAAAUUGAUGAAUAUGUAAAUGAAGCUUGACCACUCCAAGAGAACUUUUUUAACAUAUAUAUGGGGUGGAGAAAGGAGUUUUGUACAACUGCAAAGUUGUUAGAUAUUUCAUUGCAUUAUG